ACCCCCUCAGGGCUCGGUCGAAUGCUGAGAUACGGAGCCGUGGUUCUCAUUGUCGGCGCCGUGUUGAUGCUCUGCGCCUCCAUGGCCGCCCUGCUCCUGAGGAAAGAAAGCGAGCGGAACGUGUACAGCGCUCAUUACAGCAUGAACAUCAACGGGGAGGUGAGGGAAGGCUCCGUGGAAAUCGAUUCCGACGACAACGUGGAGAGGUUCAAAACCGGCAGCGGAGACGAGGAGGCCGUGGAGAUCCGUGACUUUCAGAGUGGAAUAACUGCGAUCCGAUUCUUCGGGGGAGACAAGUGUUAUAUAAAAUCCCAACUCAAAGGCAACCUUCCGCACAUGGGAGCCGACAACAAAGAGGCACUGAUGUCUGACCUGGCUGAUGAAGACAUGCCAGUGAGGUUUGAUGCCGAGUUCCUCAUCUGGGUUUCUUCAGAGCAGCCGCUGAAGGACACGGCUUUCUUGAACCACAAGAUUCUGGCGCUUUGCGGGGAGCUUCCUAUUUACUGGCUCCAACCUCUCAUUCCCAAAGAUGGGGAGAGGAGGAAGCGGCGGAGUAGGAGGGACGCUCGGCGGGCCAAGCGGCAGUCCCAGGUGGAGGUGUUGGAGGUGGCGGGAAAGGAAGAUGUCUCCAGGUUAGAGGAAGGAGCAGAGGAGGGGCCUCAGUCCGACGUGGGCUCGGGAUUCAACCCUGAGAAUCCCUAUCAUCGCGGCGGAGGCGCCGGUGAGGAGAACGCCAUGACCUUUGACUCCAUGCUGGACCACCAGGGGAUCUGCUGCUCCGAAUGCCAGCGCAGCUACACACACUGUCAGAGAAUAUGCGAGCCUCUGCGCGGUCAUUGGCCCUGGCCGUACAACUACAGAGGAUGCCAGGUGGCUUGCAGAGUCAUCAUGCCCUGUCGCUGGUGGGUCGCACGCAUUUUAGGUAUCGUGUAGGAGUGCACGCAACACUUUUGUGUUUUUUUUGUCUACAGAAGACCCUAAACUUUUAGCUUGUGUGCAGCUAGACUUUCCUUAUGGAGUUGACUUACUUAACUAGCAUGACAUGGAGAAGUAAGAAAAACUGGCUUCGUAGUUGUGUGAAUGCUGAGAGACAAAAAUUUGUACUUACAAAACUUAUUGUGGCGCCCCCUGUGGGCUGAACUUAAAAGUGCUUUGAAAGACGUGCUAUCAUUAAUUCAAUACAUAUUUUCAACCCAUGUGGCUUCAACUUUACGCACAUGUGUUUAUCGGUCCCCAAAAGGUACAUGUACCAAAUUUUGCGAUGACUUGGCUAACACCCUAAAGUUAUAGUAUUUGCUUUGUAGAGCGCAGUGAAAUGUGUGAGGCACCUUUUUAUAAAUGUUGCCCUGAAAACUGUAAGGUGUUAAGCAAAGUUAAGUUGUAUUGCUACGUCGCUUGCUUAGAAUGGCCUUCCCAAAGUCCUGACUUAAACGUGUGGACAAUGCUGAAGAAACAAGUCCAUGUCAGAAAACCAACAAAUUUAGCUGAACUGCAACAAUUUUGUCAAGAGGAGUGGUCAAAAAUUCAACCAGAAGCUUGUGGAUGGCUACCAAAAGCGCCUUAUUGCAGUGAAACUUGCCAAGGGACCAAAUAUUAACAUUGCUGUAUGAACACUUUUGACCCAUCAGAUUUGGU